ACCUAGCUGAGUGAGAUGUGUGGAGAGCGGACGAUUCGAUCCACGGAGAAAAUGCCAUCAUUUGAACCGUUAAUUUGGGAGACGCCCAGUUAAAAUGUUUGAUAUUCGACCGGAGAAACAUCAUCAAACUGAGUUUAACGUCGUUCUCGCAAUUCUUAGUAGGUUGUAGCGUGCUGUGUCAGGGCCAUGGCAUUGAAGGACAAGCUGGAAGCGGUGCUGAACGUGGGGCUGCGUGUCCCCAGCAUCAUGCUGCUGGAGGUACUCUACCGCUGGGAUGUCAGCUCCUUCUUCCAGAAGAUCCAGAGAAGCAGUCUCAACAACAACCCCAUCUUCCAGUACAAGUACCUGGCUCUCUACCUGCACUAUGUAGGUUACAUCCUCAGCCUGGUGCUCCUGACUCUGCCUCGUCAACACCUGGUGAAGCUCUACCUGUACGUGCUCACUGCCCUGCUGCUCUUCGCUGGACACCAGGUGUCCAGGGAUUAUGUCCGCAGUGAGCUGGACUCUGGGUACGAGGGACCGCUCUACCUGGAGCCACUAUCCAUGAACCGGUUCAACACCGCCCUCCUAGCUCAGCUGGUGGUGUGCACCCUGUGCUCCUGCGUCAUGCAGACCAAGAGGAUCUGGCUGUUCUCUGCUCACCUGCUCCCCCUGGUGGCCCGUCUCUGUCUGGUCCCCCUGGAGACCAUCGUGUUCAUCAACCGCUUCGCCAUGAUCUUCACGGGCCUGGAGGUCAUCUACUUCCUGGCCUCCAACCUGCUGGUGCCCUACAACCUGGCCAAGACCGCCUACAGGGAGCUGGUGCAGGUGGUGGAGGUGUAUGGGCUGCUGGCUCUGGGGAUGUCCCUGUGGAACCAGCUGGUUCUGCCCGUCCUCUUCAUGUGCUUCUGGUUGGUUCUGUUCGCCCUGCAGAUCUACAGCUACUUCAGUAGCCGGGACCAGCCCACCUCCAGAGAGAGGCUGCUCUUCCUGUUCCUCACCAGUAUUGCAGAGUGCUGCAGCACGCCCUAUUCCCUGCUGGGCCUGGUCUUCACUGUUUCCUUCGUGGCGUUGGGCGUCCUCACACUCUGCAAGUUCUACCUGCAGGGCUACCGGGCCUUCAUGAAUGACAACACCAUGCACCGGGGGAUGACAGAGGGCAUCACGUUACUGAUCCUGGCUGUACAGACGGGUCUGAUCGAACUGCAGGUCAUCCACCGAGCCUUCCUCCUGAGUAUCAUCCUCUUCAUCGUGGUGGCCUCCAUCCUACAGUCCAUGCUGGAGAUAGCUGACCCCAUUGUACUGGCUCUAGGGGCCUCCCGGGACAAGAGCCUGUGGAAGCACUUCCGGGCCGUGAGCCUGUGCUUGUUCCUGCUGGUCUUCCCAACAUAUAUGGCCUACAUGAUCUGCCAGUUCUUCCUCAUGGACUUCUGGCUCCUCAUCAUCAUCUCCUCCAGCAUCCUCACCUCACUGCAGGUGCUGGGCACCCUGCUCAUCUACAUCCUGUUCAUGGUGGAGGAGGUCCGUAAGGAGCCCGUACAGAACAUGGACGAUGUCAUCUACUACGUGAACGGGACCUACCGGCUGCUGGAGUUCCUGGUGGCGCUCGUGGUGGUGGCCUACGGCGUGUCAGAGACGGUGUUCGGGGAGUGGACGGUGAUGGGCUCCACCAUCAUCUUCAUUCACUCUUACUACAACGUCUGGCUGCGUGCCCAGCUGGGCUGGCAGAGCUUCCUGCUGCGCAGAGACGCCGUCAACAAGAUCAAGAGCCUGCCCACCGCCUCUGACCUGCAGCUGGAGAAGUACAACGACAUCUGCGCCAUCUGCUAUCAGGACAUGAAGUUUGCUGUCAUCACCCCUUGCAGCCACUUCUUCCACGCUGGCUGUCUCAAGAAGUGGCUUUAUGUACAGGAGACCUGCCCCCUCUGUCACAAACAGCUGAAGAGCCAAUCACAGCCUGCCAAUGCCACCGCUGCACCCGCCCAGGACAUUCUACCAGCCAAUCCCAACCCAGCAGAGGCUGGGCAAGGAGAGCCAGUGGCUGUUGCGGCUGAGGGGGACAAAACCGUUACUCAGAACGGUGUUCCUGUUGACGGGAGCCAAGCCAGCCCCUCUUCCACCUCUGCCUUGCCCUCAAGCUCUAGUUUAGGGUUAGCAGAGGAGAGUGCCCCGGGCCCCCAGCAGGCUGACACAGUGGACAGUGUGUAUUUGGAGGACCAGGUGGCUGGUCUGUCACAGGGCUCGGGGGAGUCAUGUCUCCGGCAUCGCCAGCCCCAGCAGUCUGCCUCUUCACCUGCAGCAACAUCAUCCACAGCACGUGGAGCUGAACUGUAGUCAGAAUGGUCUGCCGGCCCCUGCUGCCUCUGAACCGCACUCCUGCACACCACCUCACACACAGCUAAAGACUAAGUGGCCAAUACGUAUAACCAAGAUGGAGGUUGCUGGUUAACUGUUGGACUGAUUUCCUAUUGCCACUAUCCAACACCUCCCCCUUAAUGAACUCAUCUAUUUCUUGGCCUGUUUCUUAAAUGUUGGUUUUAAACUCAUUAACAUUUCAUGGUUAUUAAUCCUAUAGGAUUGUAUGAAAUCUGAUGCAGACUUUAGUAAUGUUUGAUUCUGAGAUGCCAUACUGAAACAUCAUUACAUUUCACUGUUGAGAAAUAUGCAUUGACUUCUCCCACUUGACGACAAAAUAUGUAAGUAGCCUUGUGCUAGCCAGAACGACUCAUAGCAGCAGAUCUCUGUUUCUGUAGCAUGAGGCGGGUUGAUGUACAAGUACAGCCCCUGGCCCCCUGGACGGGACACUAGUCCAGGGGUCGGCCACCCUGGUUCUGGAGAGGCACAGGCAGACCAGGUGUGUUGAAUUUGGUCAAUUACUGAAGUGAUCAAUUCUAUCAGUUGGUCAGGUGUGGUGAAUGUAGGCUAAUUACUGAAGUGAUCAAUUCUAUCAGUUGGUCAGGUGUGGUGAAUGUAGGCUAAUUACUGAAGUGAUCAAUUCUAUCAGUUGGUCAGGUGUGGUGAAUGUAGGCUAAUUACUGAAGUGAUCAAUUCUAUCAGUUGGUCAGGUGUGGUGAAUGUAGGCUAAUUACUGAAGUGAUCAAUUCUAUCAGUUGGUCAGGUGUGGUGAAUGUAGGCUAAUUACUGAAGUGAUCAAUUCUAUCAGUUGGUCAGGUGUGGUGAAUGUAGGCUAAUUACUGAAGUGAUCAAUUCUAUCAGUUGGUCAGGUGUGGUGAAUGUAGGCUAAUUACUGAAGUGAUCAAUUCUAUCAGUUGGUCAGGUGUGGUGAAUGUAGGCUAAUUACUGAAGUGAUCAAUUCUAUCAGUUGGUCAGGUGUGGUGAAUGUAGGCUAAUUACUGAAGUGAUCAAUUCUAUCAGUUGGUCAGGUGUGUUGAAUGUAGGCUAAUUACUGAAGUGAUCAAUUCUAUCAGUUGGUCAGGUGUGGUGAAUGUAGGCUAAUUACUGAAGUGAUCAAUUCUAUCAGUUGGUCAGGUGUGGUGAAUGUAGGCUAAUUACUGAAGUGAUCAAUUCUAUCAGUUGGUCAGGUGUGUUGAAUGUAGGCUAAUUACUGAAGUGAUCAAUUCUAUCAGUUGGUCAGGUGUGGUGAAUGUAGGCUAAUUACUGAAGUGAUCAAUUCUAUCAGUUGGUCAGGUGUGGUGAAUGUAGGCUAAUUACUGAAGUGAUCAAUUCUAUCAGUUGGUCAGGUGUGGUGCCUCGUUGGAACAACAUCCUGCAGUACCUGCACACUCCAGGAACAGGGUUGCCGACCCCUCCACUAGUCUAUCCAAGGGCCUUACCCCAAAUCUCUCUCUAACACAGAGUCCUAAGUAGAUGCAAAUCGGGUCCCAUUUCUUCAGUCUUUGGUAGUACUGGGCCGGGAUUGAACUCACAAUCUUCCAAUUUCGGGGUGGAAACUCUAAACACAAGGCCACUGAGUUUAACAACAAAAUGCAGCUUUGAACUUGAGUUGCAUUCUACUGUACAUCCACCAAGCAGAAGACGACUCAGCCACAGCAUUUUGUACUUUCAUUAACGCUCAUUCAACAUCCAAUAUAUUCCAAUUGGGCUGUAUUUCACUGGUCUUGAAUCAAGUGUUAAUUAUAUCAAGGAAUUUGACCCUCUGCAGGUCACUAACGUUAGCAAUUCCCCCCCCCCCCUCUCCUCCUUGGCCUGCCCUGGUUGGGCCGUGGGCCUGCCCUGGUUGGGCCGUGGGCCUGCCCUGGUUGGGCCGUGGGCCUGCCCUGGUUGGGCCGUGGGCCUGCCCUGGUUGGGCCGUGGGCCUGCCCUGGUUGGGCCGUGGGCCUGCCCUGGUUGGGCCGUGGGCCUGCCCUGGUUGGGCCGAUAAUCUGUUACACAACCUGAAUGUUACCAAGUCCAGGGGCAGGGCAGGCUGGUGUGUAGGUGGAAGACACCAAUGUUCCCCGGGUGUGUUUUAGAUUAAAUUAAUUCAUACUGAAGAGAACAUACCCAUAUGGCACUUGAUGUAGAAGCUUUAUGCACGCUUGGCUUGCACGCAGUCACCGUCCGAUAGCCGUAGGAACUUUAUUUUCAUAUGUAGCCAUUUGCACUGUCAUUUAUAGCGACGCUCCAAAGUUGUCUUUGUCAGGUACCAAAUAUUUUUGGUAUGCAUGAGGAAAAAGCCCUAUAUAAAUGUGUGUAUAUAAACAUUUAUAUUGUAUGUGAAGAGGACUUUUGAUAUGCCUGCCAUUCAGUGUUAAAGCUGCACCCCCCCAGUAUGAAGCGAUCAGAGGCUUGUGUGAACACUUCAGUAACCCUUUCGGUAGAAGUGUGAAGAGAGCUGAUCACAGAUUGAGGGAGUUGCCAGCGCUAAAUUGACCUAAAACAGUAUUUGUUACAAUUUUGAGAAUGAAUACAUAGUAUUAUGUAUGAUCAAACUUGUCAAACGUUCGAUCAAUUGGUGGCUUUUGGACAUUUUCUUGAAUCUAUAUUGGGAGAAGCGGCUAAGAGUGUAUAGUAUUUUACAUACAUCAUGACAUUGACAUUUUGAAGAGGACUUUUAGCAUUUGAAAUGCAUUCCAAUUUGGAAUGUAAUGUUUCUUUUGAGAAGCCUUAUAAAUUCAUUAUUUUUCUUUUUAAUACAAAAGAAUGACAUGCUCUGUGAAUGCUGAUUUCCAGUCAAAUUGUUUGGUAAGAGAUUUGCCUGGUGUUUCCAUUUCAUUUUACAAAACUGCUGAAUGUCAAAUUCAACAAUCUAAUUUUUACCUGCACUCUGAACAGUCUUUUGGUGUUGGAGAUUUGAGUGUUAUAGCUGGUGAUGGAUUGGCCACAGCUUCCAACAUCACCAUGCAAGCUCGAUCCUGGAACCCGCAGGCCAUCAUUGUGAAUAAGAAUUUGUUCUUAAUUAACUUGCCUUGUUAAAUAAAUCAAACCCACAAGGGUCACGAGUGGA